AUGGCCCUGACCCUGCGGGACAGCAUCUCCGUGCUCCACGGCUCGGAGCAGCCGCAGACCCAUACAUUGCAAGUAAAGAGUGCAGAAAGCAAGGCGGCAGAAAAACCACUAGGCACGCUCCCGAUGGAGGUACAACAACUGAGACCAUCUGAAGAGGGCGAAGGAAAGGAAGUUUUUUCCACUGUUGGGGAAACAAAGAGUCAGAGCUGCAAAGGGGGUGAUGAUUUGUCAGACUCUUUCAAUGAAAGUAAAGAGCAGGAAUAUCCAACUGCAUCAGAACGAACAGUUGUAAGAAAUCUCAAGAAUCUAAAAUUUGAGGCUGGUGCUCCACAACAGGAAAAAGGAGAAAAGAAAACUUUCAACUGUUUUUUCUGCACGUUCACCUCAGUGAAGUUGUGGAGUCUUAGGCGUCAUCUGAAAACCCAUUCGGGCGAGAAACGUCACGCGUGUCACCUCUGCCCCAAGGCAGCUCUGCUGCACAGCCAUGUCAACACACACACAGGGAACAAACCCCAUAAAUGCAGUGAGUGUGACACAGCCUUUGUGACCUGAGGGGAACUUGCACGACACAGGAGGUACAAGCACACUUUGGAGAAGCCUUUCAAGUGCACAAUAUGUGAAUACUCCAGUGUGGAAGUUGAAUCAGAGUGUGACAGCGUGGUUUGA